AGUGGGAGGAAUAGCACCCCAUCAUUGGUGUCAGUGGGAGGAAUAGCGCCCCAUCAUUGGUGUCAGUGGGAGGAAUCGUGCCCCAUCAUUGGUAUCAGUGGCAGGAAUAGUGCCCCAUCAUUAGUAUCAUUGGGGGGAAUAGUGCCCCAUCUUUGGCGUCAGUGGGAGGAAUCGUGCCCCAUCAUUGGUGUCAUGGGGGGUGGAAUAGUGCCCCAUCAUUGGUGUCAGUGGGGGGGGGGGAAUAGUGCCGCAUCAUUGGUGUCAGUGGGGGGGAGGAAAAGUGCCCCAUCG